UUUGAUGGCUGCUAAAUAAUAUGCUUGUCUAUAUUUAAACCAACAAUUUGUUAUCUUUUAAACUUUUUAAAUUUAUUUAUGGCUUUGCAAGAGUUAAUUAUGUUACAAUUACUUUUAUAAUUAAUGAGAAAUGAAAUUUUUGAAAAGCAUUAUUAUUACCUGUUUAUUACAGGAUGUGUAGUCUUGAUGGAGAUAAAACAGAUAAGUCUGAUUCACCUGCACAAGUUACUACAAAAGCAACGUUUGAUUUUCAAACAACAAAUACUAAUUCUUAUGAUUAACAAACAAGAAAUAUAAACAUUAAAAUAAAGCAUAAAGAGUGUACAAAAGAUAUGGAAUUGAAUCAUUUAGUCAGAGAGUUGCAAACAUGCACAGAGGACACUGUUAUUUUUAGAAGAUUGAUAAACUAUGCUUGGUCACACAAACAACCAUGGAAUAAUGAAAAUUUGAAACAAUGGCAACCAAUUCUUACACACAUUAUACAAGCCUGUAUUCCAAACCCAGAAAUAAAAAGAGAAAGAACCUUGUUAGCUUCUCACACUUUUUUUGCUUUAUUGUCAAUGGAACCUACUUUGGUUCUAUUAAAAGACACCUUUAAUAAUUUAUUAAUAUGUGAUUCCAAUGAGCUGUGCUUCUUGGAUAAGAAGUAUGAUACUAUGCAGCCUGAAUUAUUGAAAUUAAUUUGUGUUCAUGGAUACUUACAAGUAAAUUAUAAAGAAAUGUAUUCAGAUGAUGAUUGUAUUCUCAUGUUCGAUACUGUAUACGAACAUUGUAUAAAAUAUACUGAACAUUCUUAUUUUGCAUACAAAAUAUUAUACCUGUGGUUACACAGAACCAUGGAUACAAAUUUUUGGAAUACAUGCGAUUUAAUAACAGAGCAAAGACUAGAGGCAAUUAUUUUUUCGAAUUGGUGUAAUGCUAUUAGUGAAAUAAGCAAACAAAACUCAGUAUCCAUUUUUAAUAUGUACCUGAAAAUUAUGGAAAAAAAGUACAAUGGAUAUCUGGAAUUUGUAUUUAAACAUUGUGUCGAUAAAAUCUCUUGGCAGAACGAAAUAAAAUACGACAUACUCGCAGAAAUUUGCGAAGUUUGGGAUAAUACUACAAUUAUAACAUCUCGUGACUUUUUAUUUUCUUUGAGCACAAGCUUAACAAAAUAUUAUCUGCGCUCAGCAGGAACAAAGGUUUAUAUUGCCAUUAUAAAGAAAUUAAGCGAAGAUCAAUGGAAGACAGCAUUCGGUUACAUAAUGAAUUAUCUCUUUCAUCAUUGGGAAACAAUGGGAAAUGCAAAUUAUAAUGCUCUUCAAUUACUUUGUAAACACUGGAUUGAACCAGUUGUUAAAAAGUACAGAAAUAUUUUACCAUAUUUAUGGGAUAUGACCAUGGAUAUAAAUGAACUUUUUCUUUGUUCACAUCUUCAGAAAAUGGCUAGUGAAAUGCGUAUUGAUCUUCCACAAAAAUCAACAAUUGAAUGCUAUAUAAAUCAUAAAGAAGACAUUGUGAGAUUAAAUGGUUUUGCAAUAUAUUGUUACAAAGUAAAUGAUUUAUAUGAUGAAAACAGAGAUCGAUUCUUUCCAAUACGGAAUUUUUUAUGGCACAAUGCAAAUGCUACAACAGUGCAUAUGAGAGAUGGAAUUGUCAAAUAUUUCAAAAUAUUAUAUACCAAUAUUUUAAAAAUGUGUGACACCAAACCAGAUUGCCUAGACGAUGUAUAUUACAUUACACAUUGGUUGCAUGAAUUUUUGUUGGAUUGCUUCGAAAUUGGCUCCUGUUAUCAACGAAAAAAACUUGGUUUAAAUUUAUAUAAGGCCAUACUGUCCUUUAGCAACGAAAACGGAUCGAAUAAAUCUAAUAACAUUGAGAAUACGUCUUGUACUUUAUUACUGCAAAAGCAUUUGAAGGCAACAGAGAACUGGAAGUUUACAAAUAAACAAAGCUUAUUUGCUUUAUUAAAGCUUGUAUUAGACUCUGCACUUGAUGUCAAACAACUAAGUACUUGUAUUAUUCUUGAGUACUUUGACAAGGAUAUUUUAACUAAUUUAGAGUUUCAGGUAUUGUAUAGAGUGGCAUUGAAACACUGUAAUUCUUCUAAAUUCUAUGAAAUCGAAAGUGGUGCUGCUCUAGUAUCAGUUUUAGCAAACUGGCUACCUAUAGAUGUCUUGCAAAGUACUCUUGCAAUAUGUGAUAGAAACAAAUAUAAAAAUUGUAAUAGUUAUACGAGAUAUUCAGAAUUUUUGCUUAAUGAAUCAGCAAAUCAAUUAGCACAGAUGAAAACAGAUAUACUAAAGGCAAUUGUUCAGAAUAAACCAUUUUAUGGGAUGUUGACUGCUCUAUUAAAUAUUGCUUUUCAAAAUGGCCCAGAAUAUUGUUACCUAACUGCAGAAUUUGUUGAAAAAAUAUUACACCUAUUGAAGAAUGCUACAAAUUUCUUUCUAUCUGUACUUUCUUCGAAAUCUGAGAAUACAGAAUAUUCAUCAUCGUUUGCAGAAAUGGGAUUAGCAAUUGACGAAGCAAUUAAAAACAGCGAAGUAAAUAACAUUAAUUUUGACGAGUUAAAUUUAACUCCUGCACAUCAUAUUCUCAUUUCUUGUAUUUGGAUGUCUUUAAAGGUAAUCUGUGAAAUGGCUUGCGAAAUAGGAGUAUUAAUGUAUUCAGAUGAAAUUGUGAAGUGUUCUACUGAUAUUAUCGUUACUAUAUUACUCAGGUGUAGGCACAAAGGUGUAGUGGAAGCUGCUGGUACAGCAAUAGGACACUUAACUAGAUGUUUAUGCAAAGAAACUAAGUACUGUAAUUUGCCUAAAAUACACGUAUCACGUAUACUAGAAGACGGUGACAUGCAUUCUUUGAACAUUACUAGAAGAGGUGCUGGGCUAUCGAUAAUGUUUCAUAAAAUUGUCGUCAGCGACAAUCGAAGAGAUAGACCUAUUUUACAUUUUGCUGUACAAAAAUUAUUGGACUUGUUGAACAAUUUCUCAGAUGCUUCUCUAAACAACGUAGAAUCUCAACACGAUUCUCCGUGGGCGAGGCGCUUGCAUUUCUUGCGUACUUUAGUAGCCGAUAAAGAAAUACACGCGCAAUUAAUUCCGUAUAUGCAAAGGAUUUCGUUGAUUUGUUUCAAAUAUUUGGAAUCUGAAAUAUGGACUAUAAGAAAUGCAGGCCUACAGUUGUUUGGUGCAAUCGUUCCAAGAUUAGCAGGCCAAAGUUGUGGAGAGGCUUUCGACUUUGGAAAUGGUUACCCCAUUAAUCAUUUCGUUACGCAUUAUCCUGUACUCGCGGAUUACGUUAUGAAAGAAUUGCAUAAUUUUUCGUCUACGUUCAUGAACUUUUCUACUGCGUUGUAUUUACAUUCGAAUAUCGUGCACAUUCUUAUUCUUCUCUCAAAGUAUUCAAACAGCGGUUGCAAUUUGAUCGAUUAUUCUUCGAAGGAGUUUGUAUCGAAGGUUAAGCAUUUAAUUCGUACUUUAUUUAAUAAUCCCGUUUUAUAUGUCAGACUGUUAGCGGCGAAGGCAUACGCAGCGUUAACAGACUUUUUGAGCAUUGAAUCCGAGAUCAUGGUAUUGAAACACGAGGUUUCUUCGAGCCGAAAUGCUAAUUUCAUUCAUGGUUACUUAUUGGCGAUAAAGUAUUUGAAGGAAAAGUUAUCGUUCGAAAUCGACAAUAUAAAUUUAAAGUUAAAUUCAAGACAAUACACAAAUCAGGAAUCGGAACAGUGUAUAGAAUUAUUACGGUUCCGAAAAGUAUUACGGACGUUUAGUAAUAUGUCUGAAAAGAAAAAUAAUCCACAAAUAUGUUAUAUGUUAGAAGCAUUAUUUUUACAACUAUCGGAAUCUAUUUCUGAGCAAAUGUGUGUCACAGAUAUAUUUCCCUUUGAUCAAAACAUGUCUGUACUAUCUUCCGAGAAGAUAAUGCCAGGAUUUUUCCAAUUUAUCGAUCUUUCUACGAAACUAUAUGCAGAUUAUGUUAAUCGUACGAAUAUCAUUAACAUCGACAUUCUGCAUAAAACAUUAGACUCUCGUUGCAUCGAUCAAAGUACUUCUUUCCUAAAUUACUUAUCGUAUCGUGUACCCGUCCUAAAAAGUGUUCUCAAACGUUUAUUAUCAAACGAACAGGAUUACGAUGAAUUGCUUCUGAAUGCAAUGGUGAACUACGUCCUAGGAACUUUGAAACAUUUGCCAAUGUCAGAUUUAAGGAAAUUAGACAUUGAGAAGUUGUUAGGUAAUUUAUCUAUGCAAACAGAAGAAAGUGCAAGGUAUUCUAGUUUCUGGCGUUUGAAGUAUAUACUAAUAAUAAUAUUUUCUAAGAAUGAAACGAUUAUAAGCACGAUAUUGUCUCAUGUUUUCGAUUUAUGUGUUCACGAAGAAGAACAUAUGAGACAGAUAGCAGUCGAAUUCAUGGAAUUCUCAGCGCAUCGUUUUGCAGAACUAACAAACCAAAAUAAAUUAACGAUUUUGUAUUGCUGUUUGAUUUUGUUGAAGGAUGAAAUUUCAGAAAUACGUGAAGCUACCGCGGAUAGUUUAAGAGCACAUGUUUUACGAUCAAUUAGCACCGAAUGCAGUAAUUUAGAACACGUUGAACACAUAUAUCAAAGACUACUGUCUGAAGUUAUGCUUGAUCGAUCGACAUUUUUCACAAACGAUAAUACCAGUCUAUAUUUCGUGAAACUGUUUACGCACAGUAUUAAAAACUUCGACGUCAACGUCACAAUCGAGAAUCCUUUCUAUCACGAUGACAAUCCUUUUUACAGGGAAGAGUCGAAGUUCUUAAAUCUUUGUUUUUAUUACAUACAACGAAGUAAGUACAGUUCUGACAAGUGCUCUACAGAAAAUAUCGCAGAAUACAAUGGCGAGAGUGUCAUUGACGUCUUGAAUAAAACUGAAACGAAAUAUCAGCUUCAAGAAAAAUGUCUCGAUUAUACUAACUUAGAAGUUCUCUUAAAUACUAAAUACGUAGAUUAUUUAUUAAGGAAACAAAGAAUUGUAAUACAGGAGUACAGCUAAUUAUGAAAAAAAAGUAAUGUACUAUUACAACGAAAUAAACGAUAAGCAAUGA